ACCGCUGGCGCUUACAAAACGUUUGGCGCUUCGGUGUUUUUGUGGACGUGGAGUGUACUCCCGGUAUCUCCUUUGCAAAUGGGCUCUGUAGCCUAGCGUUGCCCCCCCUGAGCCGGGUCACCUGUGGUCUCAAGCCGUCGGGAUUCUGCUGGACGCAACCUUAAGAAGACAUCGAGGGUUUACAACAGCACAAGAACAAAGAUCAGAAACAUGGCAGCAAUCCCGUCAAGCGGCUCCCUUGUGGCAACCCACGACUACUACCGAAGGCGUCUGGGUUCCACAUCCAGCAACAGCUCCUGUGGAAGUGCUGAGUACUCUGGGGAAGUGAUCCCACACCAUCCGGGUCUCCCCAAGUCUGACCCAGGGCACUGGUGGGCCAGCUUCUUCUUCGGAAAGGCAACCCAUCCGGUCAUGACAACCGUGUCGGAAUCCCCAGAGAAUUCAGGAACUUUCCAGGUGGCGAACGGCGUGAUCACAUGUGGCCUGGCUCAGGAAGUGAUGAGGAAGCGCCACGCCAGCGAGCCCAGCAAACCGAACACCGGAUCCUCGGCGUGAGGCAGAUGGGGCCCCCUGGCUGCUGCUUCUGACCUGAACGCUAGGAGACAGAGCCCAUUUUUCCACUCCCCCCUCCCUGUAGAGUAGGCAGGCUGCUUCGGGUGACUAGAUGUAGGUUUUUAUACAAACAAAAAUGGCAACUUAAAAGAAAAAAACACCACCCUUUUCUACUCUUUUGGUCAAUGCAGCUAAGUCUUUAUUUUCUUCCCACGCGGCCUUUGACCUUUUUUGUUUACUUUUUACUUGCCUAAUGGAAACUAAUAAAGCCCGAGCAGCCUUUUAAA